GGUUAACUGUUUCAUUAGAAGAGCAAAUAUUUGUUUCUUUUUCAAUCCCACUGAGGACUUCCCUGUCUCCUUCUGUCCAGGUUAUGUCCAGGGGAUGAGCGACCUCCUCUCUCCCAUCCUGUUUGUCACUCAGAAUGAAGUGGAGUCCUUCUGGUGUCUGACUGGCUUCAUGGAGCUGGUGCAUCAUAACUUUGAGGAGUCCCAGGAGGCCAUGAAGGAGCAGCUCCUUCAGCUGAGUAUCCUGCUGAAGGCUCUGGACCCAGAGCUGUGCGACUUCCUCGACUCUCAGGACAGCGGCUCCCUCUGCUUCUGUUUCCGCUGGCUGCUCAUCUGGUUCAAAAGAGAAUUUUCCUUUGAGGACAUACUUACCUUGUGGGAGGUCCUCUGGUCUCAGCUUCCGUGCAGCAACUUCCACCUGCUGAUCGCCUGCUCCAUCUUGGAGUCCCAGCGAGGAGAGCUGAUCGGCUCGGACCACGACUUUAACACCAUCCUCAAGCAUAUAAAUGAGCUAACAAUGAAGCUGGACCUGCAGAGCGUCCUGCGUGAUGCGGAGGCCAUCUACCUGCAGCUUGUUUGCUGCAAAGACCUUCCCCGCAAAGUGAAGCAGGUGUUGGGUCUCUGUGAGCCGUCCAGUUCAGAGGAGGCGACCCCAGACUCUCAGAGUAGCGAGACAGAACACCUCCUCUGUCAGGCGGAGGGAGGAGCUGCAUCAUCACAUGUUCCCACCUACCCUUAAAACUCAGUUUAGCUGCUCAAAUUACUGUACGUUGAUAAAAAUAAUGACUGUUGUUUCACAUUUAAGGAGGUAGGGGGCGCUGUUAAACCAUUAUACCCAAUUAUGCAGUGCUUUGUUCAGUAUUCUUUUUUGCCUCAUGUCUCUGUUGUUCUGACUUUUUUCCAUCUGAUGCUGCUUAUUUACUCCUUAUUAUACUGUUUAUUUCCUUUUAAUGAAGAAUUAUGUUUUAUUUUCCCUCCAUUGUAUCUGAAAAGAUUAGAAGAACUCAAUAAACCGUGUCGGCGCUAUGUGUCGCCUUUUGACACUAUGCAAAGUUUUAUGCAUGCCGUAUAGUUUUCACUCUCUGCAUAGUUUUAUUUUUAAAACUUAUUGUAACAAGUAAUUAUUGAAUAAUAAAAUGAAUGCAUAAUAA